AUGACCCACCCGACUACUUGCGCAAAAAAUGCUAGCCAACAUCCUGGCAAAGUUUUGCUGGAACUGCAAUGCAAAAGGUGUACAAAGGCUGAGAUCACAGCAGCAAAGAAGAAAGAAGAACUUACAUUGGAGCAAGUUGAACAAGGGGUGCGAGCAGGACUUGCAGCGGUGGCAGCAAUUGAAGAUAAGCAGGUGCUUGAGGAUGGGGAGGCUUCAUUGACAAUGCCCCCACCCUCUCAGUGCCGCUUAGUUCAUCGCAUGAGUAGCAUGAGGACUGUACCUGAUAGCGAGGAAGAGAGAGGAAAAUCAGUUACAGCCAGUGAGGAUGGAGAUGCUGUAGCAGACCUCUAUGAUGAUGAACCAUCCCAGCGUCAAGGAGUCAUUGAGCCACAGGGACCGAACUACGUUGAUAUCAAAUCUUCGUGGGUUCCAAAUUAUGACUACCUUGAGUCAUCUCAGCCUCAGCACUAUGGGCCAUUUGAGCUUCAGGAAAACGAGAUGGAGCUCAGGUCGACACCAGAUGAACAAUCCCAGGCUGCAGGUUCUGACUCAGAUCAUGCAGGUUUAGAACUUAUGGAUGAAAGAGAAACCGCCUUACCUUGCACCCAAAGAAGCAAGGUGAUUGAAAUUGAUUCCAGCAACAAGGAAGGAAAGUGUCAAAGAAAAAAGUUGAAGGUAACUAUGAGUGGGAGAACAGCUGUUACAGCGUUGCGAAAGCAGCCAGCUGCACCAGCUGCUCAAAGCAACAUGGAGGUUGCGGCUAUGAAACCAGUGGCGGCUCAAGUUGGUGGCCAAAAGCCAUGUGCAAAAGUCAGUUUCUUCCUGAAGCUUAUCACCGCAAUCACUGAUCACUAUUACCACCGCAACAACAACAUGCUCUACCUCACUGAAACCACACUGCUCUUCUACCGGAACUUAAGGCCUACAAAAUCCAUAGAGCCACCAAAUUCCAAGCUCUCUGGCAUCAAAUCAUGGUGUUCAAAGGUCAUUAUGUUGGAAAAGGAGUCUAAAAAAGGCCUACACGGCACCUCAAGUCUCAGUGAAAAAGGCUCUUCUGCGUCAAGCUUCUUCAAUAAAACAACACGUAGUUCCUGUACCUCGGUGCCAGUGUCUGUGCAAAAAGGCCCCAUUUCCAGAGACACACAGGAUACAGAGGCAGCUUUGCAGUACCAAAUGGGAGGUCUAGAGGACAAACUUGAGACAGACAAAAGAGAUCAUGCAUUAGCAGGGAAAAAACGCGGAUUAAGCUCAGUUUCUUCUGUGAAAAUUGAGAAGACAACCGAUGUUUUCCCUGUAAAGCGUGCAAAGACCGAAACUAUAGCAAAGACUAGGAAUGCCAAUUUACCUGAAGGCUGUCUUGAAGGUGGCCGCUGGCACAGCGUGUUUGUACCCACAUAUGAAAAAUGGGCAGCAUCUCAGAAAAAUCCGUGGAGCAUUGAGGACUCAAAGGCCAUUCCAGCCAUGCAAGCCAUCUGGGAUGUCAUCUUCCCGGACAUUCCAUACACAAUUACCCCCAAUGGCCCCGUAUAUCGUAUACUUGGCCAACGGGUUUCUGAAUGGCGUGGUAGCUUUGGUUCAGCAGCUGCUGUAAUUGUUGAGCACUUCUUUGCAUCUGACCCUGAUUCUAUGACACAUACAUCAACCGCCAAUUAUGUAGGGGACAGCGCUUCAGAACACCAAGAAUUGUUUCGCUCAACAUUCAUCUUACAGAUGUUUGCAUCACACCUUAAUUCUAUAUCCGGUGCUGUGGAGGUCAAAGCAUUGAGAGCAGCUGGUGUUCCAGUGAAUUCAUCUGACGUUCAGAAGUUCCCUCCUGUAGGGGCUCUGGCCUUGUCUGCUGCCGCUGUCGAGCAUAUUUUCACAAUGUGGGCAAAAAAACAAAUCAUGUGGGAUGAAAACUCAGAGGGCGGUAAUGGUACCGCAAAUGAGGGGAAGGCAUCUUCGAAGGUGCUUAUAAAGCCCAUCCCCAAGCUGAAUAAAUCAACCGGGAAGGAGACCGCUAGUCAUGCGUUAUUCUCUGAUACUAACUGGGGACAAGUGACCCGCUAUUAUUGCUUGUCCAUUCAGAAACUCAAACAGGACUCUAUUGAAGACAUUGUACAAAAAGCCAAAGUGUUUGCGAGGAUUCCUAAAAGUGCAGUGUCCUCUUCUGUGGACAAUGACUCUGAAGAUCCUUGUGCUUGCCUUGUUGAUGUCUAA